AUUAGCGUCCACAGUAUAGAUUAGUAUAAUUUUCCUAUGGGUAUUUUGCAUGCUCGUUCAUCUUCGGGCGUCUUAUUAUGAAUAUGAUUCGUUUGUAUUUUUUUAAUUUGUGCUAUUGUAAGUGUUCGAUUAACAAUUGUUGUGAAAGCCCGAUGAAAAAAAAACAACAAAACUAACAUUGCAAAGCGCUUUUAAUGAAUCGGCAAAGAAUCAAUUUUUUUUUUUUUAUUGUGUAAUUUGAUUAGGUAUCUAUUGGUACAUCUAUUUUUAUUCAAGACGUUUACGUGUACAAUACAUGCGCGUGAUGAAAUUCAUAUCGCUUUUCCGCCGGAACCACAACCAGGGUAGCCCUUCCGAGGGGGUGAGGUCCUAUCAGCAACCCCCAGUGACAAUGGAAUCAGCUGUUUUCCCGCCAAACAACAAACUACCUCAAGAAACGGAAAAACUUCAAAAGCAGCACCAGAAACAACAACAUCAACAGAAGCAGCAACAAGGAUUGCAGAGAGAAGCUAUGGGCAGCCAUGGUGCUAUGGCUGUUGGCUUAUCCCCAACCAACACAAUUGAGCAGUCCAGUAACGUAACUGGGUACAUCGAAGAGUUAGAAAAGCUACGUCUGGAAGUUGGACUGUUGAAGGAACAAAGAGAUGUUGCUGAACGAAACCUAGCAAUGCACAUUGAAAGUGCUCAUAAUGUUUUGCCAUGUGCAUCUAUAUCUAAUAACAAAGUAGAUGAUCGACGGAGAUAUCCAAGUUCAGCUCCUGCUUCUAUAGCUCCUCCAAAUUCAGCUAGUCAGGAAUUAUUAGACACACAUGACUGGGAUAAGAAUUCUAGUUCUGUCAGUGAGGUGUCUUUGGCAUGCUUACAGGAUAGAAUUAUACAAAUKGAAGAAACCCAUUAUAGUACUAAUGAAGAAUUACAAGCAACGCUGCAAGAAUUAGCUGACCUUCAAUCACAACUCUAUGAUCUUCAACACGAUAAUGAACGUUUGGGCAAGGAGAAAGGUGUGUUGUUGGAGUCACUAUGUCAACAAACAGAGAAGUUAGAAGAUGCUCGUACCAAAGUUGAUGCGUUGCAAGGAUUAUUUCUUGUGCCUGGUUCUAAUCCUCCAUCAUCUGUUACUGAACGCGAAGAAAAAUUAGUGGAAUUACUUAAAAGUGGGCAGGCAGAACGUGAGGCUUGGUUAACUAAACAAGAAGGGCUAAUUUCUGAUGCAAACGAAUCAAGGCGAACAUUAGAUAAUGAAACAAAAAAAGCCAAUCAACUUUUAGAAAGGGUUAGGUUUUUGGAAUCUACUGUUGACAGUAAAAGUGCUGAAGUCAAACAGUUUGAAGAACAGCUUGCUUCUGCUAAGGAAGAGAUAUCUUCAAAAAAUAUUGAAAUCAAUCGAAAUCUCUUGUUAUUAGACAAUGCUAGAGCAAAGAUCGAAGAAUUAGAAGCAGCAAGAGAUAAAUUAGGUGAUAAAUCUGAAUUAGAUGAAUUGUUAAAUCAUACAAGGCGUGAAAAGGAUAAUUUAGAGAGUCAAUUAGCAUCCAUGCAGGAACGUGUGCAACGAGCAUUAUGUGAAAUUGAUCGGCUUAAAGAACAAUUGGCAAAUUCUAAUGAACAAUGUACCGUAGCAAGUAACAAUGCUAAAUCAGCUCUUAUAGACCUACAAUGGCAAAGAGACAAAUGGCAUGAAGAAGUUGCAUCAUUAACAUCUGAAUUAAAAUCGGCUAAAGAAGCAGAAUCAGAAGCACAAAGUUUAUGUCAGAAAUAUGUUGAAGAAAAAAGGCAGCUAGCAGAUGUAUUAUCUGAAACUCAAAUGUGUUUAGCUAAUGUUCGCAAGGCCCUUGAAGAAGAAAAAUCUGAAAUGCGUUCUGAAAGAAAAGAAUGGCACCAAUUCAAAGAAGAUUUAUUAACAACUGUUCGAGUUGCUAAUGAUUAUAAAGAAAUUGUAGAGAAAGAUAUGGAACAAAUUAUUACAGAAAAUAAAAGACUACGCGAAAAAGUAAAAACAUUAGAAGCUCAACUUGAUAAAUUAAAACAUAUGGAUAAGCCUAGAGCUUUAUCAUGUAGUGCUAAUUCUAUUCUUAAUCCAGUUAUUAUYGGGCAUGAGAUAAGUCGUCGUAGUAGUCAUUCUAAACUUUCCCGCCAAGAUAGCCAACUAUCUGUUAAAACAUUGAUUGAAAGUAUUGAAAAUGCUACCAAACAAGCAAAAACUGCUGAAUUUACCAGAAGCAAUUCAACAUCAAGUUUAAAUGGAUUAGUGGGACAGAAUGAAAAUGAACUUUUAAAUAAGUUACCAAGAGAUGGAGAAUUUAAAGCACCACUUAGAGAACAAAAUUGUCUCUCUGCAGACAAUAAUACAAUGUCUGCUUGUGAAGAAACUGAUCCAAUCAAAAAGUGUCAAAAUGAUGAUUAUCGUUCAAAUGGAUCAAUUCUUUCUUCGUCACGCAACAUUGACACAUUUGCUCGUCUUGGAGGAACAAUCGAAACACCUGAACGCCGUGAUCCUCUUCAAGCAUUAGUAAAAAAUGGUGGUUCAAAACGCAAUGCCUUACUUAAGUGGUGUCAAAAUAGAACAAUUGGCUAUCCAAACAUAGACAUAACAAAUUUUAGUAGUUCGUGGAAUGACGGGCUAGCUUUAUGUGCUUUAUUACAUACUUAUUUACCAGAUAAAAUUCCAUAUUCUGAAUUAACAACAGCAGAAACAAGACGUAAUUUUACUGUUGCAUUUGAAGCUGCUGAAUCAAUUGGUAUACCAACAACAUUAAACAUCAAUGACAUGAUAUCUCAAGAACGUCCAGACUGGAACUUAGUGAUGGCAUAUGUAACUGCCAUAUACAAACAGUUUGAAACGUAAUUGGGUUUUUAUUACAACACAGCAUUGCAAGACUGAUUAUAAAACAAAUCCAAUAAUUUGGUGUGUUCCUAGGGCAAGAUAACGUGUAAGACUUCUAGAUUUUAUCUGUAAUAUUAACUUAUGGUUUCUAUACUAUGUAUAUCAAGUAUCAAUAUUUUUCACCAAAAUUGUAUUUUAAUAUAAAAACAACUAUAAAUUAGGAUUGUCUAGAAGUUGAUCUAGUCAAUUAAAAAUGUAUUAUUUACAUGUUUAGUAAGUAAGUUGUAUUUUAAAGUUUUUGUAUUUUAUAUUUUCACGA